GUGUUGCCCUCCGUCUGAAGUUAACACAAUAAAAAUUGAAAAAAUUUCUGUUAUUGAUUCACAGUUUAACCUACUUCCGAUUCGGUAGCAUUAAAGUAAUGAAGUUCUUAACGUGUUUGGUCGUUUUCGUUUUGUUAGUUGAGACUAUCAGCGCCACCUCCUUUAACCGUGAAGAUAAGGAAAAGAAGAUUAGCUUCAGCGUAGCCAAAGAAUGGGAAAGCUUCAGCAAAAAAGACGCUUGCUGCGGAUGUAACUGUAGCUGCGUUGAUCCGAAUAAAGAAACAAAGGAGAAGGUCCAAGAAUACUAUGACGGAUGUCGAGAGGUUACUUGGGAAUUCCGUGGCGAAGCAUACGUUAUAGCUGAUAACGUAAUGAAAUCCUUCGAAGACUACUUAAAGAAACUAUUCUUUUUCUCCGGUACCAACUCAACACUACCGGCGAAUUCAAACGCAAUGUUAGUGACAAUGGGUAAAUGUAAUAAAAUGAACAAAUCCGCCCUCAAUAUUAUCUUCGAAUUCGAGAAGGUUUUACCGACUGUGGUGAUAGAUUUCAAAAAUGUCGCUGAUAAUUUGACUCCAUAUCUGGGUGAUCUGACUUGCUCCUUCAAGGAAGCACUGGAUGAGCUGGGUUGCGUAUUUAGACAGGUUAUGAAAGAUUUUCUUUUAAGUUGCAAACUGACAGGAUGUAAAUUGGCAGUUGAUUAUGAACCAGUAUUUAAAAAAUUACAAAAACUUAUGAACACGGUGGCGUUUAUAGCCGAAACAGCGCUAAAAAACAAAUGUGAAAUUAAGCCCGAAGUACAAGAGUCAGUGACGAUUUUAAGUGCGCAAUUUUGGUACUUUAAUAUCGUAGCUCAGGGAAUAUAUAGCUGUGUCAUGGAUACGCUGUACGAAAAUGAAUGUGUCGUUGUACAAACAACGACAUCCGUUUCGAUGUCAUUCAACUACGCGCUUGUAUCAUUUACCCAAGCUAUCAGCACCGUCGUUCAGCCAAUUAGCCAAACUAUCACAGGUUUUCUAGCCACUUUUGUCAACUUAACCGCUGCACUGAAUACAUUGGUAAAAGAUAUCCUUGGACUGUUUGGUGGCCUGACAAUAACUGCUGCGGAGGUGACGCAGAAUAUUUUGAAAAAUAUCAAACUUACACAACUUACGUCAACUCUGAAAGGACGUACUAACAUUGUAAAGGGAUUUGCUUUGAAUUGAAUUGAAUAAUGUAAAUUUUCUGCUGGGCUGAGCGCUCGCUCAGUGACACCGAUGCUGUAGAGAAAUUUUUG